AUCCCAAACGUUUGGUGAACUUCCGAUGCUGGUGCCUUCGUGCCAUGGUCAGCGAGCCCAUGUCACACGGUUCAUCCCUCCAUCCCGCGCGCGCGACGCGAGACGUCCGCGCGGCGCCCGCGCUGUGCGCUCCGCAGUGGCCGUGGGGCUUGUGGCUUCCAGCUCAGCGGUGAAGAAAGGUCGUCGGAAGCUGUGGACACAUGGCAUCAAUGCUUUGUGACAUAGCCUCGCUCCUUUUUGGCACAUGUUUAGGCCCUUCUCCUCCAAAACGUGCAAAUAAGAAAGAACUACCUUGGCACCAGGCACUAGAACCCCCUGGGUGCUUUCGGUCUUACUGCAACAGUAUACAUCCAUCAUCCAUUAGCUUUUGGGAAGACAUAUCAUCGUUUUUCGCGCUUCCAGGGAUGAGCUGAAUGAUGCAGCAGAAGGUGGUGACGUUGUCCGUGCCAUCAAGCUCUUUGAGCACAUGCAAUCGUGGCUCCCACUGGGCGACACUCGUAUGGCCAUCAACACUGUCAUCAAGGCUUGUGCCAACGCGGCUGAUAUUGAUGCCGCAGAAGAGUGGUAUGAGCGUAUGCUCGAGAAUGGCGUGCUGCCAAAUAAAGAAACAUUUGGAAAACUGUCGGAAGCAGCAGCAAAGGCUGGAUGCGUGGAGAAAGCCCAGAAGUGGUUCUGGGAGCGUGAAAAGCAACAGCUGCAGCUGGGUCCGAUUCCCAUGAAUAUUCUGAUUGAUGCUUCUGCCAAAAGUGGUGACAAGGCUGCAGCGGUGAAGCAUCUCAAGGACAUGGGCCGCCGUAGCAUUGACCCGACAGAGGAGAGCUACAACAGUGUCAUCAAUGCCUGCGCGCGAGUGGGUGACUCUCAGGGAGCCGAAGUCUACUUGCGCAAAAUGCAAGAGCAAGGAUUGAAGCCAACCUUGUUCAGCUUUACCUCUGUAAUAGAUAGCUGUGCAAAGAGCGGUGAAACGGAAAGAGCGGAGCACUGGUUUCAGGAGCUUCAGAGAGUAAGUCUAGUCCCCAAUGUGGUGAGCUACACGGCCCUCAUCGAUGCCUACGCUCAAGCAGGCGAUGCACGAAGUGGCGAGAAAUUGCUGCGGCGCAUGAUCCAAGAAGGCAUCGCCCCGACGGAGGUGAGCUACUCUUGUAUCAUGAACGCUUACGCCAGCCAUGGGAAUGAGGUUAACUGCAUGAGGCUGUUGCAAGAAAUGUGUCGCCAAAAUCUGCAGCCCACUGAGAAAACCUACAGCAUCAUGAUGAAGUGUGCCGCCAUGUCUGGGGAUGUACCGACUGCUCUAAGUUGGUUUCAAAGAAUCGAGGAUGAAGGGAAGCCAGACCUGCCCAGCUACAACACCAUCUUGUCUGCCAUAGCGAUCUCAGCCAGCUCCACGAAGACCAUGGAGCCGGCCUUGGAUUGGAUGAAGCGUUUGGAGAAGAACAACCUCAAACCCAAUGUCACAACUUUCAACUGCUUACUCGGCGGACAUGCACGUAUGGCGGAUAUUGAUGGGGCCUUGAAAUGGUUUGAAGCGAUGCAGAAGCGAGGCAUCGUACCGAACAGAGAGAGCUACAAGGUCGCAUGGCAUGCUCACGACCAAGCCCGAGACGUGAAGAGAGCCGCUGUGUGGCUUCGACGCUGGAUCGAUGCCGCCGUGCCGGGACCGGGCUUUGGGCCCUAUGCGUGGAUGGUGGAGUCUUCAUCUGGCAAGGAGUCCACUCGUUGGCUACGGCUGAUGCAGUCAGCUCGCUUCGCUCCAAGUGUUGGGUGCUACAGCAACUGCGUUAAAGCUUGUGGUGCAGCUGGGGAGUUUCAACAAGCCAAGGAGA